AUCUUGACAUUCACGGUUGCCCUUUUGCCGUGUUGUUGAAGGCAGCAGAGCAGUCAUAUUUGUACCGAUACAUUUCUGUACUCUUCCCGGAAGACAUGGAUUGACCACACAACGACUGAGAGGACAACAAUAUUAAACAUUCAAAGUGAUUUAAAGAGGUGUGUCAGUUAUAAUUAUGGCCAAAGAAGAUGAAAUUCCUGAAUGGGUUGGAGCUCAGGACUUCUAUGAGAAGUAUGAUCCAAAGGAGAUACUUGGAAGAGGGGUAAGCAGCGUGGUUCGACGUUGUAUCCAGAAGCGCACCGCCCAGGAAUACGCUGUCAAGAUCAUCGACAUCACUCCCUCAGAUAAGAUGAGCACUGAAGAGAUCGAGGAGAUCAGAAAUGCCACAAUUAAGGAGAUUGAAAUCCUCAAGAAAGUCUAUGGGCAAGAAAACAUCAUUCAGCUUAAAGAUUGCUACGAAACGAAAGCUUUCUUCUUCCUGGUGUUCGAUUUGAUGAGGAAAGGAGAGCUUUUUGAUUACCUAACCGAGAAGGUAACGCUCAGUGAAAAAGAGACGAGGAAGAUUAUGCGGUCACUGUUGGAGGUGGUUCAGUUCCUUCACUCUCAAAACAUUGUCCACAGAGAUCUUAAGCCGGAAAACAUUCUUCUGGAUGACAAUAUGAGCAUUAAACUCACUGACUUUGGGUUUGCCGUCCAGAUUGCCCCGGGACAAAAACUUAACGAGGUAUGUGGAACACCAGGUUAUCUGGCCCCAGAGAUUAUUGAAUGCUCUAUGGAUCCUCACCACCAAGGUUAUGGGACCGCAGUAGAUAUCUGGAGUGCAGGGGUGAUCAUGUACACCCUUCUUGCGGGUUCCCCUCCCUUCUGGCACAGGAAGCAGAUGCUAAUGCUACGCAUGAUCCUAGCAGGAAGCUACCAGUUCGCCUCUCCAGAAUGGGAUGACCGAUCGGACACCGUCAAAGACUUGAUCUCCAGGAUGUUGGUGGUUAAUCCCGAGAAGCGUUACACUGCAAUAGAUGCCCUAAACCAUCCGUUCUUCCAACAGUAUGUGGUCGCAGAGGUGCGACAUUUCAGCCCAUACAGGAAGUUCAAGGUAAUCUGUAUGACAGUUCUGGCUACAAUGCGCAUUUAUUGCAACUAUCGACGUGCCAAGCCAGUUACCAAGGAAGUGAUCAAGAGCGAUCCUUAUGCACUUAAACCUGUUCGCAAGCUGAUUGAUGCCUGUGCUUUUAAGAUUUAUGGUCACUGGGUGAAGAAGGGCCAGACACAGAACAGAGCUGCUCUGUUUGAGAACAGUCCAAAAGCAAUCCUGCUUUCUCUAGCGGCAGAAACUGAUGAUUCAUCAUUACGAAUGAUGUAAGAAAUCUACAGAAACUGAGACACAGUGGAUGAAAAAACAUAGACAGACAUCUAUCCUGGACAGUGUUUAUGAGAAACACUUUAAAUGUGUAAGGGUAUCAUUAAUACAUCAUGUCUUAUUAUCUAAAACAUGCUAUAUGGGAAUAAAAAUGUACUUUUUGAUUUGCCUGCAAAGCAAAUUUCAGUUUGCUCUUAAGAGCUGCAUUAUUGGCUUACGAUGUUAAAAUGUAGGUAUCAGGAGCCUUUUUAACUGAAAUAUUGUAUAUGCAUUAAACCUGGAUACUUGAAGUUCCCAUGCUAAUAAAGGUCAUGUUUUGAUUAUUA